AUGCACUGCACCGCCCGAACGCUGCUCAGCGGCGUCCUCACACCCCCACUAACACGCACAACAACCCUCCCACCGUCCUUCCUCCUCCCCGCCCUCCAAACCGCCUCCUUCUCGAGCACACCCUCUGCCAUUGCGCGCCAAAAACGUCGCAAAACCCGCAAAGACGGCAACCCCCAACGCGGGCAAUCCGCCCUCCACCGCUCCGGCCUUAAAAACGAGAAACUCCCCGUAAAGCUCUCCGCCCUCCCCAAACCCGUCCUCGACCCGCGCGAACGCUCCGAGGUAGAAGUCGACCCGGACCAUGGACUCUGGGACUUCUUCCCCUCAGACCGCAGCGCGAUGGCGACGCCCGCGGAACUGAACGCGCAUGGACGGGCGUGGACGGUGAUGGAGUUGCGAGGCAAGGACUGGGAUGAUCUGCAUCGGCUGUGGUGGGUGUGCGUCAAGGAGACGAAUCGGAUCAAGACGUAUGCGGCGGAGAGGGAGCGGAUGGGGAAUAUGUAUGGGGCGCAUGAGAGUGAUAAGAGGAUGCUUGAGGUCAGGAAGACGAUGAAGGCUAUCAAGCAUGCCUUGACGGAGAGAUGGUAUGCGUGGGAUAAUGCUCGUAAUGCGGCGAUGGAGGAUGAGGAGAUUAAUAUGUAUGCGGAUUUGGAUAAUGGCGAGGCGGCAUAUAUUCCGAAGAAGGAUGAUGGAGAGGCACUCGCAGAGUCGACAGCUGCGGUUGACAGCACUUUGCCUCCUCCGUCGAACCAGCCACCGCAACAAGAGACGCGGGCUUAG